GAGCCCGGCCCAGGGCAGGAACCGCCGGAGCCCAGCAGCCGGAGAGAUAAUAUUUGGCCAGGGCAGGGCAGCCGAGGGGGCGCGGGCCUGCCAGCGGAUGGACGGACGCUGCCCCGCAGGGCGAAGCCCACCCCGCGCCCAGGAGGCGGGCCCCCCUCGCCGCCGAUCGCCCGAACCCCGGGGGCCUGCGCCGUCUGGGUGAGUGAGGGCGGGGGUCCCCGGCCGGCCCCCGGCGACCCUGCCCCUCCUCAUGGCUGACUCCCUCUCUUUUCCUGUCCUGCUGUUGGCGCCCUUCCUGGCCUUAGCCCUGACGGUGACCCCUGCUCCUUCUCCGGGGCCUUCUCCCCCCAGACCCCCCGGGCCCUCGGGCUCCCAGCCCCCGGCCCCGUUUCUGACCCGGUCUCCAGCCCCCUCCGGGUCCCAGCCCCUCACCCUGUCCCUGGUCCAGCCUUGGGCCUGCCCCGAGGUGUGCGUGUGUGAGGGCCGGGGCCGGGUGGACUGUGCCGGUCAGGGUCUGCGCUCCUUGCCGGGCAGCCUGGCUCCGGACACCCGCGUCCUGGGCUUGAGACGCAACCAGCUGGGCUCCCUGUCGGCCGGGGCCUUCUCCUGGCUGCCGGCUCUGCUCCGACUGGACCUGAAGGACAACGGGAUCCGGGCCGUCCACGGCCUGGCCUUCUGGGGCCUGGGGGCCCUGCGCGUCCUGGACCUGAGCGCCAACGAGCUCCACGCCCUGGAGCCCGGGACCUUCCUGCCCCUGCGGGCCCUCCGCGUCCUCGACCUGAGCGGGAACCGGCUGGGCCAGCUGGCCCCCGGGGGGGUGGGCCCGCUGCCCCUGCUGCAGGCGCUGACCCUGAAGGACAACGCGCUGGUGGCCCUGGAGCCGUCGGGGCUGGCCGGGCUGCCCCAGCUGCGUUGGCUGCAGCUGCACGGUAACCCCUGGAGCUGCGAUUGUGGAAUCCGGGAUUUCCGCGACUGGCUCCGGAGCCACGGCCAUCAAGUGCCAGGAGCGGAGUCCCUGCUCUGCGCGACCCCCGAGCCCCUGAGCUUCAGCCCGGUGUCCGCGCUGACCAACGCGUCCUUCAGCCACUGCCGGAGCCGGCUGAGCCUGCCGGAGCUGGCCGUCGUCACCCUGCUGGGGCCCGCCUCCUUCCUGGCCAGCCUGGGCGGCUGCCUGCUCCUGGCCUCCCUGCGGACCCUCUGCCAGCCUUGGGCCCGCCCCCCCCACCGGGCAAGGACCCUCUUCGCCGGCCGGGCUCGGGUGGAAGAGGACGCCCCGCUGCUGACCGACGGUCAAGGCUCGGAAUCCGGCCCGGAGCCUCCCCCCGCGGCCGGCCCCCCGGCUCUACCCUGGCAGGAGGGGCAGUGA